AUGCCAGCCGGACAGAAAGUAGUAGCCGAGCUCAAAGUCGAUACAACGAUGACCAGCAAGAAUUCCCUACCAGAGACAUCCUCUCCUACAAUAUCAGAGUUGAAAGCUGAGGCUACCCCUGCUCCUGUCGUUCGGAGAGGCGGAACGUCCGAGAACAUUCAAGUUUUCAUACGCAUUCGUCCGUUGAUUGAGCGAGAGACUUCGCAAGAGCGAUGUGCUGGAUCUCACUUCAUCUGCGCUACCGACCACCAGACUAUCGAAGUACGCACGUCCGAAUCCACUAUUAAGUGCGCAUACGAUGCCGUCUUCGAUCACACCUUUUCACAGGAACAAGUGUACGAACGAGUACAUGAGUGUACUCAGUCUUUCCUUGAGGGCUUCAAUUCGACACUAUUCGCUUACGGGCAGACUGGAAGUGGUAAAUCUUUCACAAUGUUUGGUGCUGAGGCGGAUCUCUCGCGAUAUAGACCAGGUCUGCAGAACAGCCAGGCAGGUAUCAUCCCGCGAGCUAUCAAGGAAAUUUUUGCAGCUACCGUGAAAAUGGAGGCGGAUGCUCAAGCAACAGUAUACUGCUCGUUCGUGCAAGUUUACAAUGAGCAGAUCUUUGAUCUAUUGCGCGAUACUCAAAUGAACACACCCCUGGAGAUCCAUGAAGACCGCAAGAACGGGAUAUUUGUCGAAGGGCUGUCAGAAUACGCAGUACGAAGCGUUAGUGACUGCCUGCAGCUGCUGCAAUGUGGUGAGCAGAACCGUGCUGUGCGUUCUACUCACAUGAACCAAGUGAGUAGUCGUAGCCACAGCGUAUUCCAGCUACUUCUCGAGCAGAGACGAAAGGAUGGAACAGCUCUCAAGUCCAAAUUCAAUCUCGUUGAUCUUGCUGGUUCUGAGAAAUGGAAUAUGGGCGCCGAAAUGCGAGAGCACCACAUCUCGGAGAUGACCAACAUUAACCUAAGUUUGCACACUCUUGGACGCUGUAUUGCCUCGCUGUCUAGCAAGUCAACAGGAGGGUCUACUCAUGUGCCCUAUCGCGACUCGAAGCUAACUAGACUGCUUCAAGAUAGUUUGGGAGGUAAUACCAAGACCAAGAUCAUAGCUACACUGUCACCAUCUCUGGAUUGUGUUGAAGAAUCUAUCUCCACUCUCAAAUUUGCAGACCGAGCGAAGAAGGUUAUGGUUAUGGUACGUGUUAAUGAGCAGCGAGAGAUCGACCCAGCAUACGUGGAGAAACUGCAAGAAGAACUUGAACAGUUGCGUGAAGUUGUUCGAUUACUCCAACUCCCCAAUAAUACCAGCGAUUGCAAAGACGAAGGUGAAGGCGAUACUGACAACAAUAAUGAUAAUCAUGAGGAGAACAGUGAGCAGGCUUCUGCUGGUUUAAAAGCUAGAGUCGUACGAUUGGUUCAUGAAAACACUGAGCUCAAGCAUCAGAACGACAGACAGCAGAAAGAACUGGAAAAACUUCGAAUGCAGCAGUCAUCUCAAGGAAACAUCAUGCCAUUGAACACUCCUGAUCCACAAAUCCUACAGGCAAAACAGCACUUGGAGACUACAGUUCGUCAGCUAAAAGAUGCCUCCGAUCGCUUUUUCCGCUUUGAAAUCGAGGAAGAGGAACUCAAAGUCAUCCAUGCGAGACUUUUUCAGGGAGUUCAAGCAAUUCCUAGCUAUCCGCCGUUGUCUACGUCUCUCUCGCCGUUAUCAACAAGUAGCAGGUCAUCUAGCGGCGGCAGCAUUGUAAAACCUCGUCCACCUGUGAAGCUCAGAUCUUUCGGGUCGUUCACACCUUCUGGAUUUACAGCCAAACCAUCGGCCCCCAUGGACAUGAAUUAUCGAGUACGAGGUCGUUCAUCCAGUACAGAUACGAACGGUAACGGGGAAUGUUGGAAAAACGAUAUGCAAGCGGCACCUGCUUUGACUGUCGAGAAGGAACUCGAAUUAUCAAGGAAAGCUAUCGAGAAGCAAACAAAACUACAGAACUGGCUGAUCGAGAAGGAAAGGAGAGAGAUUCUCAAGCUUCAACAAGAGCAGCAGUUCAUCGACGAACAGCGCCGAUACGCUGCCGAAAAAGAUGCCAAGUUUUUCAAACGAGCAGCAGCAACGAAGAAGAAGCUGCUUCUGGCUUCUGCUGCGACUUCGGCCUCUUUUGAUUCUCAAAGUAACAAACCAGCCACAGCUGAAACGUGAAGACAUGAAUCUCUAUUUAUCACGUGUAGAUCAAAAUCUAUAGAACCCCAAGUGCCACAU